AUGGAAUCAGCUGAAGUAUCCCCGCCAUCCACGAUACCCGAGAACAAGGAGAGGGAUACGGCACAGAAGCAGACGGUGCCGCGAUGGAGGCGUUUUUUUGGUGGGUCGUCAGACAAAGAAGCCGACAAUGAGGUCGGCACGUAUCGGGCGAAGUCGACGUUGGGUAUUCUGAGUGAUAGUCAGACAGACGAAGUACCUGGAACGAUCCUUCUGCUGUCUUCCAAUCGCAAUGAGCCUCUGGGAUUGAGGCAUCAGCCCCAACGAACAUCAACGUCGUCCUUUCACUCCUCCGCCCCUCCUUCCCGUGCCUCCUCUCGUCCCGCUGCUCCACAGAAGAAGCGAACAGCUGAUGGACAGAUUGUCCUCGACCCGCAGCCCGAUGAUUCAGUGAAUGAUCCGCUCAAUUGGCCGGUAUGGCAACGAGAUGCUGCCCUGUUCUCCUUGGGCUUCUAUUGCUUGAUGGGCGGGGGAAUGACGCCUAUCUUGGCCGCUGGGUUUACGAACGUGGCAGAAACCUACGAUAUCACUAAGCAAAAGGUGGCUUACACGACCGGUUUGUACAUGCUGGGUCUUGGUAUCGGGUCAGUGAUUAUGUCCCCAACGGCCAUACUUUUCGGUAAGCGCCCGGUAUAUCUUUUGGGCGCGGUGCUUUUCAUCCUCUCUUGUGUCUGGUGUGCACUUUCGCCGAACUAUCCAAGUCUGGUGAUCGCUCGUAUCUUCCAAGGAAUUGCGGUGAGUCCGGUGGAAUGUCUCCCGUCUGCCACUAUCGCAGAGAUCUACUUCUUGCAUGAGCGCGCGUAUCGGGUCGGUGUUUACACAUUGUUGUUGCUCGGCGGCAAGAAUUUGAUCCCGUUGGUUAGCGCUGCUGUCAUCGGUAGUCUAGGAUGGCGCUGGGUGUUUUGGAUUGUCGCUAUGAUUGUUGGCGCUUGUUUUGUCCUGCUCUUUUUGUUUGUCCCGGAAACCUUCUGGGAUCGCACCCCUCGUCCACGGAAACAUCACAAGCGCCCUCACAUGGGCAGAAAGGUUUCGGGGCUUGUCUCGCAUGGCUUCCGGGGUCGCCACCUGCAUGCUCAGCUUCCCGAACAAUCUGCUGAGCCGAAGAUAGAAGCUGAACCCGAUGUGCUACCAAGUCCAAAAAAGGAGAAGCACGCGCAUUUCACAUUUGCGGAUACCGCACGGACCGAGGAGCAACACACUGAGACAGCAGGAGACAAUUUUACACCUACCAACGUCACAACUCCCACUGGCGAUGACCAUAUCGUCACCGGGUCGUCUACUCCAGGCAUUGGGCACAGCGAUGGCCCUCUCCAACCGCCAGCCCCGGCGGUCGUGCCGCCCCUGGAUCCAGGUGAAAUGGAAGCAGGACGGCAUUCGGCUUUAUCACCCACCCGCAGCGAGUCUCACUCACCAGGGAUGCCACUUCCAUCCACACUGCAAUACACUAACAGACUCCGUGAACGGCCCAAAAUCCCCUUCAGCCAGUUGUUGAAAGUUUGGAAUGGAAGGAUUGCCCAAGACGAGUGGAAAAAGGUUGCUAUCCGGCCUUUCAUUUUAUUUGCAUACCCAGCCGUUCUCUGGUCGUCAGUGGUGUACGCUUUGUCAGUCGGCUGGUUGAUCGUGCUCUCCGAGUCUGUCGCAGUAAUUUAUGAAAGCUCGGAUUAUUAUGGUUUCACCCCACUCCAGACAGGCUUGAUCUAUAUUUCCCCCUUCGUCGGGGGUUUACUUGGCACCGCAGUCGCAGGUAAAGUUUCUGAUAUGGUCGUGCGGAUGCUCACGAGACGCAACGGCGGCAUCUACGAGCCCGAAUUUCGUCUUGUCAUGGCCAUCCCAAUCGCGCUGUCGACAACUAUUGGGUUGAUGGGCUUUGGUUGGAGUGCACAGCUGAUGGAAGCAUGGAUCGUGCCUACGAUCUUCUUUGGCGUCAUUUCCUUCGGGUGCUGUCUUGGAAGUACCACCGCCAUCACAUUUUGCGUCGACAGCUAUCGCCAGUAUGCCGGAGAGGCACUGGUUACCUUGAAUUUUAGCAAGAAUGUCCUCCACGGCCUCAUGUUCUCUCUCUUCAUUGUCAAUUGGCUCGAGUCCGAUGGUUCCAGGACUGUUUUCCUCGCCAUUGGCGGUAUGCAGCUGGCCUGUCUGUUGAUGACGAUUCCGAUGUACAUUUAUGGCAAGCGGGCUCGUAUGUGGACCGUGCGAAAGCGGUUGAUGGAACGUUUUUGA